UUUACUCCCCCUUGUUAAGAUUAUUUGAUUCAGAAAAACUUCAAUGAGUGGUUAUUUUCUCAAAUCAUUUUAUCUACUUCUCCUGCUUUCAUUGCUUGCUUCGGGAAUUAGUGUGACAUUGAAGAACUCAAGUGAAAGUGGUGAAGCAAAGUGCAUAGAGAGGGAGAGACAAGCACUCCUCAACUUCAGAGUGGGCCUUAAAGACCCUGGCAUGCUGUCGACUUGGACCAGCCAUCACAAUAAUGCAGAUCGCUGCAAAUGGAAACGCAUUCAUUGCAACCAUCAAACUGGUCAUGUACAACUACUUGAUCUUCGUGGAACAACGCACUACACACAAUUGAGAGGUGCAAUCAAUGUCACUUCAGCAGCCAUAAUGAUUUUGCUGGGCCUUACAUCCCAGACUUCAUGGACUUUCUUGCGUCUGGUAUCUGGGAGGAAAACCUCCUGCCAUGGUUGACCCAGAGGAGCGGGUGGAGAGAAAAGAGGAAGAAGGCUUGCGAGAAGAACAAGGGCACUCAAAACAGGGUUUAAGCAGCAAAGAGCACAUACAACGAUGAAGGAAUUUUGGAGCAUGUUUUGUGCAGAAGCUGAUUGUCCUGGGACUGGAGGAAAACAACCAUUUUGUUUUGAUUUGAAGACUUUGAAAGAUCCUUCUUCAUGCUUCAACCAGUUCUUGAUCUUUUGCUUUGAUGUGUCAGUGCUGGUCAUGCUGGCAUUCAUUCUGAUCCAGAAGUAUUUGUUCAGACCAUUUCAGGGUAUGUUUCAGGUGGAAAGAUAUUCAAACUUGCAGCUAAUUUCUUCCAUAAUCAAUGCAUCUCUGGGAUUGUUGUAUUUGUGCUUAGGAAUUUGGGUUUUAGAGGAAAACUUAAGGAAGAGUCACACGGUUCUUCCACUUAGUGGUUGGCUGCUUGAACUCUUUGAAGGAUUCAGAUGGUUGAUAGUAGGAUUAAGUGUAAGUCUUAAGUUGAAACAACUUCCAAGAUCAUGGUUGUGGUUGUUUUCUCUUGUUACACUAUUUCUUUCGAGUUUUCUCUGUGUUUUAUCUAUGUCUUAUGCAAUUAGUAACAGAGAACUGACCUUCAAGGAAGCUUUAGAUGUUCUAUCUUUUCCAGGAGCAGUUUUACUACUCUUGUGCACUUAUAAAACACCUAAAUGUGAAGACACUGCUACAAGUAUUGAUGAAGACUUUUAUGAUUCCUUAAACAACGACUUUCAUGAAGUUGAUCCUUAUAACUACGUAACCCCAUUUGCUAAAGCUGGAUUCCUCAGUAGAAUGUCGUUUUGGUGGUUGAAUCCAUUGAUGAAAAUUGGUCAAGAGAAAACACUUCAGGAUGAGGAUAUCCCAAAGUUGCCAGAAUUGGAUCGAGCAGAAUUUUGUUAUUUGUCGUUUAUAGAACAAUUGAACACGCAAAAGGGAAAAGAAUCAUUGUCACAAUCAUCAAUUUUGUGGGCAAUAGUUUUUUGCCACUGGAAAGAUAUUUUGAUGUCAGGAUUGUUUGCAUUGCUCAAGGUACUUAGUGUAUGUACUGGUCCUGUACUUUUGAAUGCUUUUAUAUCGAUUGCUGAGGGUAAUGGCAGUUUCAAAUAUGAGGGUUAUGUAUUGGUCUUAACUCUUUUCAUUACAAAAAUCGCAGAGUCCCUAUCACAAAGGCAAUGGUAUUUUCGCACUAGGCUUGUUGGGAUGAAAAUUAGGUCAAUGCUUACAGCUUCCAUUUAUAGAAAAAUAUUGAGGUUGUCUGGUGCAGCUAGAUUGACACACUCUAGUGGUGAGAUAAUGAAUUAUGUGACUGUGGAUGCUUACAGAAUUGGAGAAUUCCCAUUUUGGUUUCACCAGACAUGGACAACAAGCGUACAACUAUGUAUUGCACUUAUAAUACUUUUUCGUGCUAUUGGCCUAGCAACAAUUGCCUCAUUGGUGGUGAUAGUUCUCACUGUGCUUUGCAAUACUCCACUAGCAAAGAUGCAGCAUAAGUUUCAGAGUAAACUCGUGGUGGCACAAGAUGAGAGAUUGAAGGUGAGUUCUGAGGCCCUUGUGAAUAUGAAAGUGCUGAAGCUAUAUGCGUGGGAAACGCAUUUUAAAAAUGCUAUUGAAAGAUUAAGAAACAUUGAACUGAAAUUGUUGAGUGCAGUGCAACUGAGAAAGGCUUACAACAUAAUUUUAUUUUGGAUCUCACCUGUUUUGGUGUCUGCUGCUUCUUUUGGGGCAUGCUACUUUUUGAAUGUUCCUUUACAUGCAAACAAUGUUUUCACUUUUGUGGCAACUUUACGCCUGGUGCAAGAACCAAUUACAGCCAUCCCUGAUGUUGUUGGGGUGGUCAUUCAAGCAAAAGUUGCAUUUUCCAGGAUUGUUAAUUUCCUUGAGGCAACUGAAUUACAGAGUGCAAAAUUCAAGCAUAGGUGUUUUGAUGAUAGUAUCAAGGGCUCAAUUUCGAUCAAAUCUGCUGACUUUUCAUGGGAAGGUAAUGUAUCAAAGUCAACACUGAGGAACAUAAACUUGGAGAUUAGACAUGGGCAGAAGUUGGCAAUUUGUGGAGAAGUUGGCUCAGGAAAAUCAACCCUCUUAACUACAAUUCUCGGUGAAGUUCCUCUGACAAAGGGAACUAUAGAAGUUUAUGGAAAGUUUGCAUAUGUUUCUCAAACAGCAUGGAUACAAACAGGGACAAUACGGGAAAAUAUUUUGUUUGGAUCGGAUUUGGAUGCUCAUAGAUAUCAAGAAACACUUCGUAGAUCUUCACUGCUAAAGGAUUUGGAGCUGUUUCCUCAUGGAGACCUCACAGAAAUAGGUGAGAGAGGAGUUAACUUGAGUGGAGGUCAAAAGCAGCGAAUUCAACUUGCACGUGCUCUUUAUCAGAAUGCUGAUGUAUAUCUUUUGGAUGAUCCAUUUAGUGCUGUUGAUGCACAUACUGCCACAAAUUUGUUUAAUGUAAUGUCAUCUUCCUUACUUCAAAUUUUACAUUUAUGUGGUAUGAGUCAUUCCUUACUCAAAAAAGGCUUUGAAAUUUGGCAGGAAUACAUCAUGGAUGGUCUUAAAGAGAAAACUGUUUUACUCGUAACUCAUCAAGUCGACUUUCUACCAGCCUUUGAUUCUGUUAUGUUGAUGUCAAAUGGGAAAAUCCUAGAAGUUGCUCCUUAUCAUCAUUUGUUGACUUCAAGCCGAGAAUUCCAGAAUCUUGUUAAUGCUCACAAUGAAACUGCAGGUUCUGACAACCCUUUGGAUGUUUCUUCUUCCCAGAGAGAUUCAACUUCUGCCAGAGAGAUUACACAAGCUUUCAUGGAGAAGCAGUUAAAAGCAACAAAUGAAAAUCAGUUAAUAAAGGAAGAAGAGAGAGAGAUAGGAAACACAGGGUUCAAACCGUACUUGCAAUACUUGAAUCAGAAGAAAGGUUAUGCAUACUUCUUUAUGGCUUCUUUUUGUCACCUCAUGUUUGUGAUUCUCCAGAUACUGCAAAACUCAUGGAUGGCUGCAAAUGUUGACAAUUCCCAAGUCAGCACACUGCAGUUGAUUGUAGUUUACUUCUUGAUUGGGGUUGCUUCUAUAAUUUUCUUGUUGAUCAGAACUCUGCUUGUUGUUGCCUUUGGUAUUCAAUCAUCAACAUAUUUAUUUGUACAGUUAAUUAACUCCCUUUUUCGUGCACCAAUGUCCUUUUAUGAUUGUACACCAUUGGGAAGGAUACUUAGCAGGGUCUCAUCAGAUCUUAGCAUUAUGGAUCUUGAUAUACCUUUUAUGCUAAGUUUCACUACGGUAGGUGUUAUAUACUUAUGUUCUAAUCUCACAGUUCUAGCCAUUGUCUCUUGGCAAGUCUUGGUUGUCUCCUUACCAAUGAUUUAUGCUGCAAUUCGCUUGCAGAAAUAUUAUUUUUCCACUGCAAAAGAAUUGAUGCGCGUGAAUGGCACAACAAAAUCAUUUGUAGCUAAUCAUAUAGCUGAAACAACUGCUGGAGCUGUGACAAUAAGAGCUUUUGAGGAAGAAGAUCGUUUUUUCAAGAAGAAUCUUGAUCUAAUUGAUAUCAAUGCCAGUCCCUUCUUUCACAGUUUUGCCUCAAAUGAGUGGCUGAUCCAAAGAUUAGAAGUAAUCAGUGCAUUACUUCUUACCUCUGCAGCUCUAUGCAUGGUUCUGCUUCCACCAGGAACAUUCAGCUCUGGAUUGGUUGGCAUGGUUCUCUCCUAUGGCCUUACCUUAAACGCUUCCUUAGUAUUUUUAAUUCAAAAUCAAUGCAGUCUAGAAAAUUACAUAGUAUCCGUAGAGAGGAUAAAUCAAUAUAUGCAUAUACCAAGUGAGGCCCCAGAAGUAAUAGCAGGAAAUCGUCCUCCUUCAAAUUGGCCAGUUGCUGGUAAAGUAGAACUAAAUGACUUGCAGAUACGAUACAGGCCAUAUGGACCACUUAUACUUCAUGGAAUCACAUGCACAUUCGAAGCAGGACACAAGAUUGGAAUUGUUGGAAGAACAGGCAGUGGAAAGUCCACUCUUAUCAGUGCAUUAUUUCGUCUGGUGGAGGCAGCUGGUGGAAAAAUUGUAGUUGAUGGCAUAGACAUAUCUUCUAUUGGCCUUCAUGAUUUGAGGUCACGUUUUGGUGUUAUACCUCAGGAUCCUACCCUUUUUAACGGAACUGUUAGAUAUAAUUUAGACCCUUUAUCUCAAUACUCUGAUCGAGAAAUUUGGGAGGUUCUUGGGAAGUGUCAGCUGCGAGAAGUUGUACAAGAGAAAGAAGAGGGACUAAACUCCUCAGUUGUGGAAGAUGGAUCAAACUGGAGCAUGGGACAAAGGCAAUUAUUUUGUUUGGGGCGUGCGCUGUUAAGGAGAAGUAGGAUAUUGGUGUUGGAUGAAGCAACUGCAUCAAUUGACAACGCAACUGAUUUGAUUCUGCAGAAAACCAUUAGAACUGAGUUUGCAGAUUGUACAGUGAUCACAGUAGCACACAGAAUACCAACCGUGAUGGAUUGCAGUAUGGUUCUUUCAAUUAGUGAUGGAAAAUUGGUGGAGUAUGAUGAACCAAUGAACUUGAUGAACAAAGAAGGAUCGCUAUUCAAGCAGCUUGUUAAGGAGUACUGGUCUCAUUUUCAUUCUGCAGAAUCAUAUUGACACUGCAAAAUAUAUUUUCUUUUGUCAACAUUAUUAUCGAUUUUUCUUUGAUGUUAGCAAUGAGUCAAUAAAGUUUGAUAAGAUGCUACAUGUGUUGGUUAAUUUGCUAGGACUGAGAUGUUGGUAAUGGUAAGGAAUUGUAGGAAUGAAAAGAAACAGUCCAAAAGUAUUUGAAUGUUA